GAUUUUGAUAAUAGUGAUUUUGAUGAUGUCUGAAGCUGUACACGACGUAGCUGAUAACUCUGAAGAAUUCUUCUCGGCCGAGUCGGACACAGAAGUAUCUGGAGAGCGUGAAGAUAGCCAGCAACAUGAACCAAUGACGAAAGGGUCUGACAAUGGUCGUGAAGUUGAUAGAAUCCAGAGUGUCAACGGUAGCAAGUCUGAGCCAAGUCAUGCUGGUGUUCCUAAUGAGGAUUCUGGUGCAAACGUUGUACAAGAAGACUCAGAAAAAGAUCUUUCAGCUGAAGAAAUUCAGGAUCGAAGAGAGCGUGCUGAAGAGAUAAAAUCACAAGGAAAUCAAGCAUUUAAAUUGGAAGACUACGAGGGUGCAAUGACUUUAUACACAGAGGCGAUACGGUUGUGUCCUCGCAUAUGUGAAAAGGAGCUUGCUGCUGUCUACUAUGGAAACAGAGCCGCUUGUUAUGUCAAACUGAAUCAGAAGGAAGAAGCUGCUGAAGACUGUACAAAAUCUCUUGAUUUGCAUCCAUCGUAUCUCAAAGUAAGAAUACGAAGAGCUCAGGUAUAUGAAGAGUUGGAGAAACUAGAAGAGGCAUUGAAAGAUUAUCAAACGAUUCUUGAACAAGAUCCGACAUGUCAUUCUGCUAGAGCAGCUUGCAUGAGACUACCACAGCAAAUAGAAGAACAGCGAGAAAAGAUGAAAGCAGAGAUGAUAGGUAAAUUAAAGGAGCUGGGAAACACAGUAUUGAAGCCUUUUGGAUUGUCGACUGACAAUUUUCAGUUUCAAAAAGACCCCAAUACUGGAAGUUAUAGCAUGAACUUUAAAAAGUAGAUGCAGCAUACAGAACAUAACUGUAUCCAUCCAUCGUAAUAAAUUGUUUUACAUAUUUAUCGAGGCAAAGGGCAAUGUGAUAUUACUACCAUUGUAGACAAUAUCAUUGUCUGUGACACUAGUGUCCUCAUACGUGGUGCACACACUUGCUUCAAUGAUAGCCUUCUCUUUUUCUAUGCGCCGGUAGUUUGUGUUAAAUUUUAGUAUGAAGAUAAAUGUUGUGAAACAUAUCACUCCGACUUGUAACCAGACACCAUUGGUGAUGUCUGCUGGUGGUGCCUCAUGGAAGUAAACAGUUUCGUUGUGAGGUGCAAAUGUGGUGCACGUACCUGAGUAAGUGAAGUUCAAAGGAAUGUCGUUCUUGUGUGUGAAGGGAGGAAUUUGACCAAUGAAGAAGAA